CCAGGCGCCUUGGCGGACGCGGGAGGCGGGAAGCGCGUCCCCGCCGCGCGUGCCCGUCCGCCCCGCCCUGCUGCGCUCCGCCCUAUUUCUAUAAAGAGAAGGCGGGCGCCGCACUCGGUUGCAAGCUCCGUUGGGCGCCUUGGAUCCAUUUCCAUCUGGUUCUGCUGAGACGCGUGUGGCUCCCUCCCCGCAACAGCCAAAAUGGUGAAGCUGAUCGAGAGCAAGGAAGCUUUUCAGGAGGCCCUGGCCGCCGCGGGAGACAAGCUUGUCGUGGUGGACUUCUCUGCUACGUGGUGUGGACCUUGCAAAAUGAUCAAGCCCUUCUUCCAUUCCCUCUGUGACAAGUAUUCCAAUGUGGUGUUCCUUGAAGUGGAUGUGGAUGACUGCCAGGAUGUUGCUGCAGACUGUGAAGUCAAAUGCAUGCCGACCUUCCAGUUUUAUAAAAAGGGUCAAAAGGUGGGGGAGUUCUCCGGUGCUAACAAGGAAAAGCUUGAAGCCUCUAUUACUGAAUAUGCCUAAUCAUGCUCUGAAAAGUGUAACCAGCUACCAGCUGUUUAAAACCUGUACCUUUUUUAAUUUGCAAAAAACUAUGAAGUGUGGAGAGUCUAUACCCAACUGCCAUCUGAUUAUAAAUGACAAUAAAAUAUUAAUUCUACCCUUUUUAAAACUGCCUGAUGUGUUUUAAUAUAAAUGAGAAAUGGCCUGAUUUAGUCCCCUAAGCCACUGCUUUAAGGCAAAAAGAUAGGAGCUGGAGAGGUGGCUCAGUCGUUUAGAACAUUGCCUGUUCUUGCAGAGGGCCAAAGUUCAGUUCUCAGCAUCCAUACGGCAGCUACCUGUUCCUCCAGUUCCAGGGAAUCUGAUGUCCUCUACUGGCCACCAUGGGCACCAAGCAUGUCUGAAGUACAUGUACAUUACAUGUAACUAACAUACACAUAAACUUUUUAAAAUCUUUUUUUAAAACUUAAUAUUUAGUUGUAGAAAAUCUCGUUUAUUCGGUUACAUUAAAAGUCUUGGGGGGGGGGUAUUUUACCUUAAUAAAUAAACAUGGUCC